UCCCUUCUCGCUCCUCCUUUCCAAGUGUUCCCUCCCUGGGUGCCUGGAGAGGUACACAGAAGCAAGCUCCGUGAAUCUAUACAGAGGGACUUCACCCUCCCUAUUUCCAGUCCUGGAAACACAAGCACUUCCCUCUUCACCCAGAGGGAGAGGUGGCUUCUGUGCAGCUGGGGUGGAGGCAGCAUGGCUAGAAAUGCACCAGGGGCAGAUUUGUGUGAGGAGCUGGACCAGACGAAGUAUGAUGCAGAUGAGAACGUGAAGAUUAUCUGCCUGGGGGACAGCGCUGUGGGGAAAUCCAAGUUAAUGGAAAGGUUCCUCCUGGAUGGAUUCCGACCCCAGCAGCUCUCUACGUUUGCCUUGACACUCUACAAAUACACAACCAAUGUGGAUGGGAAGAAUAUCCUUGUGGACUUCUGGGACACAGCCGGACAGGAGAGAUUCCAGAGUAUGCAUGCAUGCUAUUACCACAAGGCCCAUGCUUGUAUCAUGGUGUUUGAUGUGCAGAGGAAGGUCACCUACAAGAACUUGAAUAACUGGUACAAGGAGCUGAGAGAGUUCCGCCCAGAGAUCCCCUGCAUUGUGGUGGCCAACAAAAUUGAUGCGGAUAUGAAAGUGACUCAGAAAAGCUUCAACUUUGCCCGGAAGUUCAAUCUGCCCUUCUAUUUUGUCUCAGCUGCAGAUGGCACCAACGUAGUGAAGCUCUUCAGCGAUGCUAUCAAACUGGCCGUUGCGUACAAACAGAAUUCAGGGGAUUUUAUGGAUGAGGUCAUGCGGGAGCUAGAGAACUUUGAACUGCAGAAAAAAGGAGAGGACUUGGAUAAAGAGGAGAACUACCCUGAGGAGAAGCCCCCAUCCACCUGAGCCCAGGCCUCAGACCAACCUUGUGCUGCUCCCUAUCGCCCAGCUUCUUCAUGGUUGGUCAGAACCAUCACUCUCUGUCAGGGGAGAGCAGAUUUCUCAUGCACUGGCCGUGCUGGGAGCCUAUGGCUGGGACCAUCCCUCCCUGGGAGGGAGACUGUUUGGGCCUGAUCUUCCUGGCCUGGACCCCAUCCUCCUGAGCAUCCGGGACACAGAAGGAACAAGAAUACAUGUGACUGCUGCCUGCCCCUGUGGGAGGGAAGGAGGGCAUUUGCUGAGGUGUUGGGCCACUGCCUGCCCUGCAGGGAAGGGUCCUGCCCAGGUGUCUAUAAGCAGAGCCCAGAUUGAGAAAACCAACACUAAAGGAUUGUUUUACAAAGCGUUAAGCCUGGGUCCUUCCUGCACCCAAACCAUGUUUGAAUAGCAGCCCUUCCCAUUGCUGUUUCAACCCAGCCAGCUCUACCUCUCAACCCCCCCACCCCACCACCGUACCAGCCCAUCCAUUCCACCCCAAUGCUUCUCUGGCUCUGUGUGUGCCACCCUUCCUCGUGCCCACUGUUCCAGCCCAGCUGGCUCUGUGUACCACCCUUCUCCACCCACACUGUCCCAGCCCACUACGAGCCAUCCCCCCUUCCUCGGUCCACCAUUCUAGCCCAGCUGGCUGUGUGCAGCCCCUGCUCCUGUGUGGUUCUGGGCAUGGCAUAAAAGGCUGAAUAGAACAGAGGCAGAGCUGGUUCUGUUGUGGGCACUGUUUUACUUCUGCGGUGAGGUAAGUGCUCAGUCUCCAUCCACAAGGACAACGGGAAGGAUGGGAGCUGCAUGCUGGUACAGAGUCCUCUAGCGCAGUGGGCAAAGCAUCAGAAAUGGCCACUGUCCAUCUCAGCCUCCGCUGUGCUCUGCUCCCCUCCCUUCUCAAGUCCCCUUUCCCUUCAGGCCCUGUAGGAACUCGUUCAGCUUCCUGAAGAAGUCAGACAGACUGCUGUGGAUUGACAGGCACAGGCCUGGCCUGGGCCUGGGCCUGGGCCUGGGCCUGGGCCUGACUUUCCCCAAGAUCCAGUCAUGAAAGUGCAGAGUGGAACUGUAGACUCCUGGCCUCUGUGCCUUGGCGCAGCCCAGCCCCCAGCUGGUGACUCCAAUAACCCAGAAGCGCUUUGACCUUUCCUCUGCGCACAUGAGGGGGCCUCCGCUGUCGCCCUGCAGCAGGGGAGAGAGGUCUGAGGCAAAGCCAGCUCCUCACGGUGCGUCAGGCUUGGCAGUAGGGGUGACUCCUUGAAAGAGGAUUAAGGACCCACAACCCCUCUGGCAUCAGCCACUGGGAGACAUUUGUCAGCUAGAGCUCAGAGGAAGGGGCUCACUCCCAAGGCCUGGCUAGCAUUGGCAAAGCCCUAGCACAUGUUCCAAAAGGGGACAAUCUUGCAGUGCCCCCCACCCCUGGGAAUGGACUGUCUAGGGGCUGCAGCCAGGGCUUCCCCAAUCAGGAGUCAGCUGCAUUUCGGUGUUAGCUCAUAGCUGAGCAGUCAGCUCCCUCCCCUUCCUCCUCCCAUACAGAGCCCUCUUGGGUACCACACCUCUGAAUGCCGCCACUAUGCAGCGGCGCUGUGGCACGGGGCCUUCCUCCCAACUCUGUGUACUACGGGCAGAGUGUCUGUCUCACUGGCCCUGAGCAGUAGCUGCGCUCUGAAUCCCAAGAGCGCCUGACCCAAAUUGGGUCUCUGAGUCAUUGACAUUAAAGAUAAAAACUGUC